UCUCAAUAUGUCUGCGCCCUUGAAAAACUUGUGCAGAUGCCGUCUGCUAUUUUAUGAACUUGGGAAAGUAUGGUAACUUAGCAGAGAAACAAUGUCAUAUCCACAAGCAAGCAGGCUUCUGUUUGCUGGUCCUAUACAGAAAUGGCGCUUCAUGUCAUCAUGGAAACAAUAUAGGCAUUCGCAAAGGACUGCAAGCAUUUUGAUACAGAAACAGAUACAAACCACUAGGCAGUGCCUCUGGUGUCAGUCAGUUUACCUUCAUAACUCUCCGGCUCUACAUGCUGCAAGGAAAGAUAACUCUAAGAAAAAACUGGUUAAGAGGUUUAAAGUGAACACCAAGGGUGUCAAGUUAAAGGUUGUCACCAUCUUUGAUGGCAUGACUGUGGAGGAACUGGCCCGGGCCAUGGACAGAGAUUGUGACCACGUGUUUGAAGUGCUGCUUUACACAAAAGGAGGUGAUCAGUACGACCGUGAGACUUCAGUUAUUGAUGAUUUUGACAUCAUAAAAGACAUUAUCAAGAGAUCUGGCAUGAAGUAUCAGAUCGGCAGCAAGGAGAAGAGGCUGAAGGCAAACAUGAGCACAGACCUUAUCCGACAACCGCCCCCUGACCCUGCUCAGUUGGUCCGCAGACAUCCUGUGGUGACCAUCAUGGGGCAUGUUGAUCAUGGGAAGACAACUCUGUUGGACUCACUGCGCAACUCGAAAAUUGUUGAGCAGGAGUUCGGAGGAAUUACUCAACAUAUAGGAGCCUUCACAGUGAAACUUUCAACAGGUGAGUCCAUCACGUUCCUGGACACCCCCGGCCAUGCUGCCUUCUCCUCGAUGCGAGCCAGGGGGGCACAGGUGACGGACAUUGUCAUCCUGGUGGUGGCUGCGGAUGAUGGCGUGAUGAACCAGACCAAGGAGUCCAUACACCAUGCCAAGGAGGCCGGUGUUCCAAUCAUUGUGGCAAUAAACAAGGUGGACAAGCCCGAGGCUGACAUUGAAAGGACAAAGAACAUGUUGCUGGAGCAACAGCUAGUCCUUGAGGACUUCCAGGGGGAUGUGCAGGCCGUCCCCAUCUCAGCACUGAAGAGAACAAACUUGGAUUUACUGCAAGAAGCAAUUGUAACACAGGCUGAACUGAUGGAACUGAAGGCUGACCCCAAGGGUCUGGUGGAGGGGAGUGUCAUCGAAGCCAUGACGGAUCCAGGAAGGGGGAAACUUGCCACAGUCGUCAUACAGCGGGGAACACUGAAGAGGGGAGACCUGUUGCUAGCUGGCACAACCUGGGCCAAGGUCCGAGGUAUGUUUGAUGACCAGGGCCGACCCCUGCAGGAAGCGCCCCCUGCUACUCCGGUGCAGAUCAUAGGUUGGAAGGAUCUGCCUUCGGCCGGAGAUGAAGUUUUUCAAGUUGAAAAUAUGCAAGUCUUAAAGGAUGCCUUACAGUGGAGAAUUGAGCAGGAGACGCUGAAGAAGAUUGAUGAGAACCAGGUUGUGAUUGAUGAGAAGAGAUCUCAACAUGAUGUUGUGUACAAGCAGAAGGUUCAGCUGAGGAGGGAGAGUGGACGCAAGUACGCCACAAGCUCCCAGAAACAGAAGGAAACAAUCAUUGGAUAUGAGGGGCCACAGCUGUCACUGGUCCUUAAGGCUGACGUGGAUGGUUCCCUUGAAGCCAUACUCGACACUCUGGACACAUUCCACUCCAAGAAAUGUCGCCUGGACUUGAUCCAUUACGGCGUCGGGAACGUGACAGAAACUGAUGUUCAGCUGGCUGAAAACUUCAGUGGAGAGAUAUUUUGCUUCAACGUCAAGACACCCGAGUCAGUUGCCAAAGUGGCGCGGUCCAAGUCAAUCCCCAUCAAGAUGCACAAUGUCAUCUACAACCUGUUUGACAACCUGCUGGACAGUCUUUCUGCUAGACUCCCUCAUGUGGAGGAGGAGGAGGUUUUAGGGGAAGCCGAGGUGAAGAGUGUGUUCGAGGUGACAGCCAGAAAGAAGAAGAUACCUGUUGCCGGGUGUCGCUGUAUAAAAGGAGCUCUCCAUAGGAAGCAAGGGUUCAAGGUCAUACGCAGUAAUGAAGUCAUUUAUAAUGGAGAAAUUGCCAGCUUGAAGCACUUCAAGGAGGAGGUGGAUAAUGUGAAGACAGACAUGAUGUGUGGAAUAAGCCUGGAAGACCCGUCUCUCACCUUCCAGGCCGGCGAUGUCAUCCAGUGUGUACAGAUCAAACACGUGCAACAAGACAUUGAUUGGCAACCAGAGUUUUGACAAUAGGCUGGCUGUAGACAUUUUGUUUUACCACAUUAUUCACGAAAUGCAUUCUCUAAAUACGUGAAUACUUGUACUUAUGCAAUUUUAAAUAUUUUCUACCUAAUUAGGUUUGUUUUUGACAUCAUAAUUUCUGGACAUAUAAAAACAAAUACUUUAUGCUCUGCAUACAUUUCAAUGAUUUCUCAGAUUUUGUGGUGAUUUUUAUACUGAGCCUAAUUAUGAUGGACAGCGUCGAUGGCGUUGGUUGAUACAUAUUUUUAACAUAAUCCCCUCCGAGGUUCACACAUUUAUCCUAGCAAUGCUGGAGUGCCUGUAUUCCACUGGUGUAGAAGGCUUCCUUGUGGUGGUGUAAAAAGUUCUCCACAGCAGAAAUGAUGUCAUCAUCAUCUGCAUUAUGCUUGCCUGACAGUUCUUUCUUCAAGCUUGGGAAGAGGUGGAAAUCUGAGUUCAGAACCACAGUCACACUUUGUGGCCUUAGCAACAACAGACUUAUGUGCAUUUGCAAGAGUGAAUAUUAUCCUACCCUAUUUUUCAUCCUGGGGAUGAAAUUCUCUAGUGUCAGGAUAAUUCUCCCUCGUGAAUUUGAACCCAUACCAGUGUUGCACUAAGGUAGGAUACUUUACUCUAGAGUCAAACUUCCCCCGGGAUAAUAUUUAGGUCGGAUAUAAUCCUUGCUUACACAUUGUCCUUUGGAACAACACACCUUUAAUGAGUUUUUCAUGACAUUCAGCCUUAAGUUUUUCAUGCAGUUGCCAAUGCAGGUUAGCAUAAUAUUGGCCAUUAAUGGUCUGACCUUUUUGGGAGGGGGCGGUCGGGUAACCUACUGGUUAAAGCGUUGGCUUGUCACGCCGAAGACCCGGGUUCGAUUCCCGACAGUGGUACAAUGUGUGAAGCCCAUUUCUGUUGUCCCCCGCUGUGAUAUUGCUGGAAUAUUGCUAAAAGCAGUGUAAAACCAUACUCACUCACUCACUUUUUGGGAGGUAGUCCACCAGUAGGAUUCCUUUGGAAACCUAGAGAACCGAAGCUGUCUUCUUACCAGGCCUUCUUCUUCAAGAUGUUUCCACUGCUUUGAGUAUUGUUUUGGCUCUGGCUGAUAGUGGUGAACCCAUUUCUCAUGAAAGAUGAUGAACCUGGAGCAUUUCUGAUCAGGAGUCAGAAGCCUUGGAAAUCAGCAUCUUGAAACUUUUGUCAUGCCCUCUUCAUUCCUCA